AUGUCUUACUGGGAUGCAACAGGACCGGCACUUGCGGCUUACACUGAACUGCUGCCCGGGAUACUCGACCUCCUGGCAGAGAAACAAGGCCCGAUACCAAAUUCUGACCUGCUUUGGUUCAGUAUCUACAUGAUCGGCUCCAGCUGCGACCGCGCCCUCCCCCAUAUCAUGUUUGCGGGUGCGCAGCGACCUCAUCGGAAGAAGGCGGUCCAAAUCAUCAAGCACAGCGACCUGCUCCAUGACUAUCCAGGCAUGUACGUAGGCGAAUGGCCGGAAGCACCGCACAUCGGGCGACAGACACAGCGCACUAGUCGUACCGCAUUGCCGAAGAUAUCUGGCGCCUCGGGCACGGUCCGACAACCUGAAAAAGUUACCGUGGAAGCCAUUUUUUCGAACAAGGAUCAACAGUCCGCUUUGAUUCGUUUUCAAUACCGGGGAAUCACGAUUUGGGCCACCAGCAGUAUGUAUUUCGACAUGAGCGGCUUGCGACAGCUGCUUGUGCCAGCACAUGUCCUCUUCUCCAAAAAUGAAAAGCAAAGUAUGGAAGAUGACAGCACUUCGGACCGCAGCGAGGAAGAUUACGAAUUCGGAGGGUUUCCUUCAGGGGAUGAAGAGGGUCAGCGGAUUGACCCUUUAGCCACAAGUGCAGGGAGCCUCACAUCGUCCGAUUCUAGAUCAUCAGACCCAGAAUCUCCAGAUGGAGAAUCACUGGUCUCUGAGGAUUCCACGGCAGCUAUACAAAGCUCUGGAAAGCGUGAGGCUCUUUCAGAACCGUCAAAGAUGGCUGAAUUUCCUAGCCAGCUGAAUGGGUUCCCCAUCGUCUCGGCGGAUCUCGACUAUGCGCUUUGGGCAGAAAGGCGUCCACAACAUGAUAAAUACCGCUUUGGCCUACAAGAAAUGCUGCCAGCCAAUUUGAUUGUACCAGAGAACACAUGGGCCACGGUCAAAGUCCUCACGUCUCACGGGAUGCUGACAGGGAGACUGCUUCGGUCAUGUACGUACGUGCGCCUGCCGAACAGCAGUUCGUUCACAGAGGUGUAUUCGACUCUGCUAGACUCUGAAAUUCUCCCCGGAGAUUGUGGUGCGAUGGUCUAUGACGAACACGGCGUGUCCGUAUAUGGUCACAUAAUCACGGGUAGUUCCUCUUCCGCCGCUUUCGUUGUCCCCGCGGAGAUCGUAUAUCGAGACAUUCUUCGUCGGGCCCUAAAGCUGCCGACAAGCUCAGCACCUGCUUCCAAGUCGCUACACCCGAUCGAUGAGUAUCCCGUUCAGGACACCAGGGAAGCACAGCAGUCUCGCAUCAUCGAUGACAGUGAAAGCAGCAUCGCCUCGGUUGGGUUGCGACUUGGAGGUACCAGCUUGAUUAACGCCAAUGUGUUCAUGGAAGCUGACAAAGAGAUCUUAUCGACGGACGAGUGGCCACCCGAGAUCAGAAAGGAUGGCGAUGGGUUGCAAAAAUACUAUGACAAGGUUGCGCCUAUGCUCGAGCUACAGGAAUAUCCCCAGGAUUGGCCAGAACUUCCCAAGAUGGAGCUACUAAGACAACAGGCCGAAUAUCUCAAUAUGGGAUCGAAGUUCCGGAAGGUCAGACAGACAACUCGAUUCGAAAACGGCCCGAAUAGCUCGGGAGUCGAAAUGUCACCGUCUAGGCUCUCGGAGGAAGCCAAAGGACGCAACGGCUACCUCGUCUACUUCGCGUCGCAUAAGAUCGGCCCGGGAGACACCUACUCUUCCGCCGACUUAUUAUGGGUUUACGCCAAACGCGCUGUUUUCUUCGGUGCCGGUUCCAUAGGCACCUCAGAAAUCCUGUGGAGAAGUAAGGCUAUGGGUAUGGACAUCAGCGACUUGGUUGGUCACAAUAUAAGUGAUAAUGGAGAUAAUGUUGCCAUCGGGUAA